AUGAAUAACCAAUUCAUGGCGGUCAUGCAAGAAAGGGGUGCACCGAGACCCAACUAUGUUCCAAACUUUCCUCCCCCUAUGCCUCCGAAUGUUCAGGACAAUUCUACAUCGAAGGUGAUGGAGAAAUUCAAAAAGCUACAACCAUCCUCAUUCUCAAAGAUUGGAACGGAUGCACUACAGCCCGAGCGAUGGAUUAGCGCCAUAUUCGAAGUAUUGGAAUGCACCGACGCUCAAAAAAUAAUCUGUGCUGGAUUCCAGUUGCAAGAUGAGGCCGCGGCUUGGUGGAAAUCAACAAAGGCAAAUUUGGAAGUGAUACACCCCAAUCCCACUUGGGAACAGUUUAAGGAAGCCUUUUUCGAAAACUUCUUUCUAGAAAGCUUCAGGGAUGAGAAAGAAGCAGAGUUUGCAGCUCUCACCCAAGGAUUAGGUUUAGUCUUGGACUAUCAACAACAAUUCAAAGAUUUAUUUCAUUUUGCUCCGGUACACAUUAGAAGUGAUGCGUGCAAAGCAAAGAAGUUUGAGAAGGGGCUUAAACCCGAUAUCGGUGCCAUGUUAGCCAUUUUAGAUAUAUAG